CCCCCUCCCUAUUUGCCACUGUUUAUAAAUGAGUCAGUUUGAGAUCAGAAAGGAGAGCGUUUGCAGUUACUUUUUUCCUCUCUGUUUCAAGUACCUCCACUUCAAUUACCUCUAGCACACCUAGAGCCCUGCUGGUGAGAUCAUAUCUUGGAUACCAGACACUUAGUAAGAAUUAAUAGCUGGCCCAGUGACACCCCACCAUUCUCAGUAAUUACGGCAGCUAGAAAUGAAUACAGUGCGACCUCGAUAUAUUGUUGAUCGGUCGGCAUAUUCCUUUGAACUUUUUAAUGAGGAAUAUGAAAAGAAGAUUCGCAGCUACCCUAUUGGAGGGAAAGCCAGAAAGCUUUUCAGCUGCUCCACAAGCAAAUUAAAGGCUGUUCUGUUUCGUCUUUUUCCUAUUCUCACCUGGCUGCCCAAGUAUAACAUUAAGGAGAGUAUUCUACCAGAUGUCCUUGGUGGGGUCAGUGCUGGAACCAUUCAGAUACCUCAAGGCAUGGCUUUUGCUCUUCUUGCUAACCUUCCUCCUGUCAAUGGCUUGUAUUCAUCAUUCUUUCCACUUGUGGUAUAUUUUUUCAUGGGAGGAAUUCCACAGAUGGUACCAGGUACCUUUGCUGUCAUAAGCAUCAUAGUUGGAAAUGUGUGCCUGAAGCUUGCGCCCGAGUCUCAAUUCCAGCAUAUUAACGGUACCAGUAAUGUGACCAUCACUGACACAGAGGCCAUGAAUGCUGCACGUAUGCAAAUAUCAGCAACACUGGCCUGUCUGACGGCAAUUAUACAGAUUGCACUGAGCUUUGUACAGUUUGGCUUUGUUGCCAUAUAUCUCUCUGAAUCAUUCAUCCGGGGUUUUAUGACAGCUGCUGGUUUGCAGAUUUUCAUCUCUGUACUCAAAUACAUCUUUGGAGUCUCAAUCCCACCUUAUAGUGGAAUCUUGGCCAUUGUUUAUACUUUAAUAGAUAUCUGUAAAGAACUACCCAAAACCAAUGUGGCCUCACUGAUCUUUGCUCUAGUCAGUACUGUGCUGCUCAUCAUUGUGAAGGAGCUUAAUGUGAAAUAUAUGCAUAAGAUCCGCUUCCCCAUUCCCAUGGAGAUCAUCAUUGUUAUUAUUGCCACAGCUAUAUCUGGUAGCUUUGACCUUCCUGAAAAGUAUCACAUGAAUAUAGUUGGGCAUAUUCCACUAGGAUUCCCAUCUCCCACGCUGCCCACUGUUGGUCAGUGGGAAGAAAUGAUUGGCACAGCCUUCUCUUUGGCUAUCGUUAGCUAUGUGAUUAACUUAGCAAUGGGCAGAACACUGGGAUCUAAGCAUGGCUUUGAUGUUGACUCAAACCAGGAAAUGUUGGCCCUGGGAAGUAGUAAUUUCUUUGGCUCAUUCUUCUUUAUACAUGUGAUCUGCUGUGCCUUGUCUGUCACACUGGCAGUGGAUGGUGCCGGGGGUAAAUCCCAGAUUGCCAGCUUCUUUGUCAUGAUGUCAGUUAUGGUGACAAUGUUGGCUCUUGGAACCUACCUGAACCCCCUACCCAAGUCUGUUCUAGGAGCUCUGAUAGCAGUUAACUUGAAAAACUCUCUGAAGCAGUUGUCUGACCCAUUUUACCUGUGGAAGAAAAGCAAACUUGACUGUCUUGUCUGGCUGGUGAGUUUUUUCUCCACAUUUAUUCUGGGUCUGCCGUAUGGAGUGGCUGUUGGAGUUGGAUUUUCUAUCCUGGUUGUAAUUUUCAAUACCCAAUUCCGGAAUGGCUCAACCUUAAACCAGGUGACAGCCACUGAUAUCUAUGUAAAUCCAAAGGUAUAUAGCAAGGUUCAACCCAUUGAUGGAAUUAGAAUUGUCACUUAUUGUUCACCACUUUACUUUGCCAACUCUGAGAUAUUUAGACAGAAGGUUAUCAAAAAGGCAGGUUUAGAUCCUGGCAAGGUCUUCUUAUCCAAGAAGAAGUACUUAAAGAAGCAAGAACAAGAACUUAAAAAAAAAGAUCUCAAACAAAAGAGAGGAUCACUAUUUAUGAAAAGCAAGACACUUUCACUGCAAGAGCUUCAAGAAGACUUUGAUGGUGUUUCACCUACUGAUUCAAAUAACAACAGCACUGUCAACGGGACUGCAAGUGCAAUUAGUUACAUCUCAUCCAAUACCUUGACAGCAGAGCCCCAGGCAACAGCAAAUAUUCAAAAUGGCUUAACCACUCCUGCGCAGACACAAGAUCCCAUCAUUGCAGCUCCUCCUAUUGUGAACAUCCAUACUGUCAUCAUUGAUAUGAGUGGGGUGUGCUUCGUAGACUUGAUGGGGAUUAAAGCUCUGGAGAAGUUGUGCACAAGUUUUCAGAGGAUUGGAGUGAACUUUUACUUAGCAGAUGUACAGGCUCAGGUAUAUGAUGAUAUUGAGCAUGGUGGGAUGUUUGCAGAAGGAAGUCUGGAUCGCAAACACCUUUUCAUUACUGUGCAUGAUGCUGUACUGUAUGCACAGGCCAACAACACAGGGAUUGGAAACACAUCCUUUAAGGCAAAGGACCCAGGUGAUACUGAAAUUUAUAUAAUGGACACUCAGGAUGAAAUCAGUGAGGAUUAUCCGAACCUCGAAGAGGCAAUGUUUGGCAGUAUGUUUCAGACAGAAAUCCAGACAGCACUAUAGAGUUCCAUGCGGACCAGCUGAAAGCUCCCUUUUCAUAAUAUACUGCUGAUCACAGAAGGUUCCAAGACAAAGCACUUUUUAAAACAAUCUCAAAUCUUGCCUUCCAUUUUGCUGUCCCAUAUUCACAGGAGCAGUAUUAGCUGCCUGCUGCUUUUCAGCCAAUAGCAGAACAAAGUGACUCAGGUAAUUUGAAGAAUAUUCAUGGUAAAAGAUCUUCAAAAAGACAAUCGGAAGCUGCACAUAUAACUUAGAUGUAAGACGGUAUCCAGAAUAUGCCAUCAUAUGGAUGAUAACAUACUUGGUCACCUUUUGAAUAAGACUGUUUUGUCCACUUGGAUGCUUCCCACCAACCUGUAACUACGCUGAGGAAUGCUUUUUCAUCCCUUGGAAACCCUUUUUAAUUUAUAAUCCCCUAGCAUUCAAGGAUUAGAUUUCAUGACAUCAUCUAUGAAUCUGGUGUCUCAAUUUUAGAGACCUCAACUGAUUUCAUAGCUUGUGCACCAGGAUACUAUAUUAAAAUAUAUAUAUAAUGAGAAAUAAAGUAUCUACUGUAUCCUUUAAUGGGACUAAAGCCACUGGCUGUAAUUUUAUGAUUUCAUUUUCCUGACGUUUUGACUGUGUACCUCUGGUAUAUACACCCAUUAUGUGUACCACUUCACUAAUAUACUGCUAAGACUUUAUCAUAAUCCUUUCCCUGAUGGAGGGAUAAAUAGCAGCUCAUGUGUCAUGACAUGCAGAAAUUAAAACUUUAGUAUGCAUGAAAUAAUAAAAAAGGCCAUGCUCAUUCAAAUGCCGGAACUGAGGAGCAAAUGCUGUGUAUUGCAGUCCAGCAUUUUAAAUAAAAGUUGCACAGUGUUCAUACUGUAUGUAUAUAAGGAAACAAAAGAUGUACAAUUGUAUUUAUUUCAUGCCCCUCUGAAUGCCAAAUCAACACUGCCUGUCAUAAUGAUUAAUGUUGUGUUUGUUUGCCACUGGGUAGUGGCAUACAUUUUGAUUUAGAAUGUGUCAAAUUGUCCUGCAGCUGGGUUUGUCAAAUUAUAAGAACCUUGCAAAGAGAAUGAAUGGAAAUAUUUAAACCUCAGUUCUUUCCUGAGUUAUUUGUUGCAAAUUAGUUUAUACUGUUUUGUUUCAUGAAAUAUGGUUUCAAAUCAUCCAAAGUAGUCCACAUAUAAAUCAUGUAUAUCCAACUGAUUUACCAUGUUUAUCUACUGUACUUACUGCUUCCAUAAUUCUGAUGUACACAAAACAACCCUGACAGCUGACAGAAUUUGAUAAAGCACAUGCUCUUCCUAUUUACGGGGUCUAUUUUAAAUUUCUAAGAUUCUGUCCAUUCCUACUUAAAAAUAGCCACUAUUCAUCUAUGUUGUAUGUUGUUUCACUUCCCAGUGUUACAUUUAGAAUAUUUAAGUAUAAACUCUCCUGGACAGAGGCUGUCUGUGUAUUUAAUCUAUGAUGUAUAAUAUUAUGAAAUAAAUUAUUGUUGCAAUGCUUUA